AUGUUCAAUCCGGAGCACAAGUAUGUUUCUCUAAUGCACAGCAAGAGCAAUCUCUACGCCAGCUGGGAGCCCCUAAGACCUGUCAGGGUUGGAGACUAUGGCCGCCUCCAAAGGGACAACUCGUUUUCUCCGGAAGGAAACAUCUUUGACAAAGGACUAGCGGCUAGAUUUGGCAUCACAACGUCUGAUGUUUGCGAGGACCAGGAACGGCGCAUCGUAGCAAUGGAAAUAAAUGAAGCAAAAGUAGGCGGCAAUGCCGGCAUCGACGCCACUCCAUUUGGCGGAGGAACAAUAAAGACGAACUUCAAGGUCAAGAAGGGCUAUGUCGCCAUCCUGGUGAUGUUGAGACCGCGCCAUAUCCAGAUCACCAAUCGCGGCCUGCUCAGAGACCUCAUUUACUCGACAGCCUUCCCAGAGAAGUACGUGAUCGUAUCGGAGGCGUACGAAUGUCGUUCGUAUGCGCGGCUUCUUGCUCCGUCUCAGGAACAUAACAUCGAGGUCAAUUUGGACGCAAAGACAAAUCUGAACUCCUUCAGCGCGGGGAUACACCUUGGGUGGAGUACCAACGUGAGCGGCGGGGAUUUCAAGUACGCGCUUCACGAAGAUGAAGAUGCGCCACGAGUACAACCUCUGUUCCAGCUGGUCGGCAGGCAGCUACGAGGUUUGCGCAAAUUGCGGAGACACCGACCGGUGGUAGAACUUAUUCCACCACGUUGGAGAUGUGUUGUUCUGGAGCCCAGGGAUUCCGACAACACCGAGAUUGACGAUAGUGAAAGAGACACAGACAGCUAUGACAGCGAUAGCACAUUAUGGUAA